CAUUCAGCCUCUCUUUCCUCACUCCAUCAUCACUAAAACACAACAAAAACUUCACCAUCUCCCUCUCUCCACGUCCAAAAUUCUUGAUCAAGAUCAAACCUUUACAAAGAUUUCACAACCCCUUUUCGAAGUAGAUUAAAACCCAGUUUGCAUUAUGAUCUUCAACACUCAGCAAUCUUAAAACCCAUCUUUUCUUGAAUCCAGCCCCAAAAACGAAAGACUUGAUUUUUUUCUCUUCUGUUUCGAAAUGGAGAAGGCUGGAGUUCCGGAGAAGAAGAGUGUAAUAACUGUGUUAAGUGAGGGGAAGAAGCUCGCGAAUGAGCUGAAGAGGCAGCUUGACCCCUCCACGGCUUCAACAGAGGCUUGCGAUGUUUUGUUGGAGAGCAUUCUCUCCUCGUACGAGAAUGCAAUGACGCUUCUUGCUCUGAUUGGAAACGGCGCCUCUCCAAAGAUUGCUGUUGGGAAGCUAUCUGAGCCGUCGAUUUCGAUUGAGGGCUCUCCAAGAAGCGAAGGGUCUGAUCACAGCUCCAAGAAAAGGAAGACUAUGCCUAGAUGGAGUAAGCACGUGCGUGUUUGUUCUGGGGCAGGGGGUGAAGCCCAGCUUGAUGAUGGCUAUAAUUGGAGGAAAUAUGGGCAGAAAGAUAUUUUGGGGGCUACUCAUCCAAGGGCUUAUUACAGAUGCACUCAUCGCAACACGCAAGGGUGCUUAGCAACGAAGCAAGUGCAGCGAGCAGAUGAGGAUCCGACGGUCAUUGAGGUCAUAUACCGAGCGAACCACAGCUGCAGGCAGGGCAAGGAAAGGAAGGAACAGGGUAGCCUAACGUGUUCCAAGCAAGCGGUGCUCGUUAGCAAUGGGCCUAGCCUUGUUAAAACUGAGAACCGGGAUCUAAUUGAUUCCAAAGAGGAGGAGGAUCUUCAAAGCUUCUCCUUCCCUUCCACUCCAAUUGAGUGUGAAAAUGUGGAACCUCAGUUCUUCUCAGAGCCUAAUAGGUUCAUCACAACGAGCUACUCCCCCUUGUUCCUUUCCCCAGCCACCUCUGAAUCCUACUUCUCGCCAUCGCCAUGCCUUGUGGAUGAUUUUGGCAUUGGCCACAGCUUGCAGAGCUCGGAAUCAGAUUUCGGUGAGAUCAUCUCAAAUCCAACACCAGUCACAGAUUUCUCAUUGGGAGAUAUUGAUAUCACCAUUGGUGCAGUGGAUUUCGACUCUCAUGACUUCCUAGACGCCCUCGAAUUCUUCUAGAGAUCUCCUCACUAUGCAGUUGAAAUUGUAGUGAUCCUAGCCAGCAUCUUCAAGAGAUGAUGCCGACCAAGAGAAUUUUUUUCAAGAACUUAGGUAGAUUUUCAAGAAUAACUUGUAGUAUCACUCUUUUUUUGCUUCUUUCUACUCCCACAUUUUUAUUUACAAAAUGUAAUAUACUUUAGGUUUUAGUCCUGUUUGUUUGAGCCUAGAGUUGCUGAUAGUCUUGAAUCAAGAUUGAUGCUUUGUAAUUUGAUUUUAGAGGAGGUUCUAAUUCGAUUAAACAUUGUGAAUUCAAAUAAAUUAUUCCCAUUUGAAUUUGAUCAAAUGAAAUUACAGACAAA